GUGAUGGUCAGGUCAAAGGGAAACGUUAGAAGGGUUGGACCGUACAGAGAAUACAUGCAGCUCAGGUCAAUGUCGACACGACCACCUCCUUACACAAACGCCGACAGUCAGAGAUUCAUAGAAUUGAAAGACAACCAGAAAACGAGGAAACAAAAUGGUUUUAAUUCAUUAAAAGAGGAGGAGGAGGAUUAUUCUGUUCCAGUGGUGAUUAGAAACGUGAAACCUUCGUGUUGCAAAUACAUCCUUUAUUCUCUUACCGGAGUGCUAUUGUUCGUCCUAUGCAUUUUUUGCAUGUACCUGGUGUUUCCUUAUCCCAUACACGCCUCUUGCAUAGUAAAAUGGAAGUUCGAAGAUCCGUGUACGUUCACUAUGCAGAAAUUCAGGUGUCAGAUACUUAACUGGUCCUCCUGCGUGAACUGCAGUCCGCGUGGCAACAGAUGUUUAUACAGACUUAAAGAACCGAAACCGGAUGAGAGUAACGUUAUCAGAGCCGUGCACAUUACCCCGAAUUUGAAAACCGUAGAGAAUAUCAGAAUCGAUUUCAAGGAGAUUAACAAAUCCUGCGUGGCAACAGGAGAAUCCGUGUCGAGCGAAUGGUUCAGGAUAUUCGAUUAUGGGAUGAAUUAUUGCAAUCUGCAUAAUUUGGCGACUGGUAUCGGUUUCAAGUUCUUAGAAUUGACGAACAACGCGAUUUGCACGCAGCACAAUAUGGCUAUUUGUAAUUAA